AUGGGACUCUUUAUACCAGCGAACAAGCUCCAUAACCUCAAGCUAUACAAGUACCAGAGUGAAGACCACUCGUUGAUCUCGAAAUACGUCCUCAAAAGAUGGUGGUCUUCCUUUGUCAACAUUUUCCCCUUGUCGAUGGCUCCCAACAUGGUGACAUUGAUCGGGUUGUUCUUCAUCAUUUCAAACUUAUUCGUGGUGUUUUACUAUGCGCCCAACUUGGACGCGACUCAACCUUCAUGGUGCUACUUCUUUUAUGCGUUUGGCUUGUUCAUGUACCAGACAUUUGACGGCUGUGACGGGAUGCACGCAAGACGCACGGGCCAAAGUGGACCGCUCGGUGAGUUGUUUGACCAUUCGAUCGACGCCAUCAACACCACACUAGGGUCGAUCGUCUUUGCCAGUGUCAUGAAGAUGGGCUACGGCAAGCUCAUGAUGUUGUCGCAGUUUGCCUCGGUGUGCAAUUUCUACACUUCAACGUGGGAAGAAUACCAUACGCACAAGUUGUAUCUUUCGCAAUUUAGCGGGCCCGUCGAAGGGAUCUUGAUGAUUUGCACCGUCUACAUCUUGACGGGGAUCUUUGGACCGGAUAUCUGGAACAUGGAGCUUUUUGAGUUGAACUUGACCAGCUUGGGCUACGGCAGCUACCAAGUCAGCACCACGCUUGUCUAUGCCCUCGUUGGGUUGGGCUCCUUGUAUUUCAACAUUAUCUCCGCGAUGCAGAAUGUCGACAAGUACUACAAGGAGAAGGACGGGGCCACGUCAAAGAAAGCCGCCAAGGAUAUCGCUGAGGCGCACAAGGGCAUGUAUCCGUUCUUCAUCUACUACGCAUUGAUUAUCAUCUACGCUUGGUUCUACCCUGAAGUCAUCGCCGCCAACGGUUUCCCCUUGAUCUUUUCCAUCGGGUGCACCAUUGCCUUUUCAGUCGGGAGAAUAAUCUUGGCCCAUUUGACCAUCCAAGAUUUCCCCUAUGUGCAAAUCCCCAUGUUUGUCCCCGUGGGCCAGCUCAUUCUCAGCAAGAUUCUAAUUGACAUAUAUGGGCUCGAUCAAUCUACAGUGGUGACUAAUAUCAGCUGGUUGGGGUUCGGGGUGACGUUGGGAAUACACGGGAUUUUCGUGGGUGAAAUCAUUACUGAAAUAACUCAGUAUUUGGACAUCUACGCGUUGUCAAUCAAACACAAGAGAGCAUAG